CCGGGCGCCUGCGCGUGCAUCCAAACUCCUGCCUCCCCCUCUCUCGAGUUCCACCCCGCCGCCCUUUCCUCCCUCCUGCAUUCUUUCUGUCCGCCCUUUUCCCUUGGUCCCUUUUCUGCGUCCCUAUCCCUGAUGUCGGCCGCGAUGAUGAACCCUUUCGCUGCCAGCGCUGGCGCAUCCGACGCGACCAGUGGCGUGUUCGAGCUUGAGAAGCCCUGGCUUGAGAAGUAUCGCCCGCAGACCCUGGAUGAUGUGGUUGGCAACAAUGAUAUCAUUGACCGCCUGCGUGUCAUCGCCCGUGAUGGCAACAUGCCUCACCUUCUAGUCACCGGACCUCCCGGCACUGGUAAGACGACUUGCGUUCUGGCCCUGGCCAAGACUCUCCUUGGAGACUCAUUUAAGGAUGCUGUGCUGGAGCUCAAUGCUUCGGAUGACCGCGGUAUCGACGUUGUGCGCAACAAAAUCCGUACCUUCGCCCAGCGCCGAGUCACCCUCCCUCCGGGGCGCCAUAAGAUCAUCAUCCUGGAUGAGGCGGACAGCAUGACCCCCGGCGCGCAGCAGGCCCUGCGGCGGAUUAUGGAGAAGUUUGCCUCCACCACGCGCUUUGCCUUGGCGUGUAACAUCUCGUCGCGCAUCAUCGAGCCCAUCCAGAGUCGAUGCGCCAUCUUGCGCUUCAACCGCCUGACCGAUGCUCAGAUGCUGGCACGCAUGAUGGUUGUCGUGGGCGAGGAGAAGGUCGUCACUACUGAUGAUGGUCUCGAGGCCAUUCUCUUCAGCUCGGAUGGCGACAUGCGCCAGGCCCUGAACAACCUCCAGUCCACACACAUCGGCUUCGGGGUUGUGUCCAUGGAGAAUGUCUUCAAGGUGUGCGAUCAGCCGCAUCCCCGGCGAAUGCAGACGCUCGUGGAGCGGGCCCUGGCUGGCGACCUCGACCAGGCACAUGCCGUGAUUGAGGGUUUCUGGAGCGAUGGCUUCGCCGCGGUCGACAUUGUGACCACCCUCUUCCGCGUCAUCAAGUACAUGCCGCAGGACGCCAUUCCGGAGUACACUCGGCUGGAGUACAUGCGUGAGAUCGGCCUCACCCAUGCCAAUAUCGUCGAGGGAGUGGCCACCCUGCUGCAGCUCAGUGGCCUGGUGGCCCGGCUCUGUAAGAUUGGCAUGCAGGGAUGAAUACCAACUGCCAAUGCUCUCCCAUAGGCUCAGCCCCCGCCGCUCGGGCCUCCCGUGGAGAAAAUCAACGAAUGUCCUUGUUCUCG